AUGGCUUUUGCUUGGAAAGCCGCAGGCAUUACCUACAACCGCUACCUUGCCAUUGCCGCCAGAGUCGUCCGAAGAUCCCUGAAAGAAGGACCGAGACUUCAAGCGGAGAGGAGAGGUGAAAUGGAUUUGAGAUUUGCAAAGUGGCAGAAUGGCAAACAAGGGGAGAACAAGAACCUAGACUCCGCGAAUACUGAGGCGAUGGCCGAACACGCAGCUCAGGAGGCCAAAUAG